GAUUGUUCAUCCGAGGAGCACCAGCGGGAUGGAGAUUGCUUAUCCUGGCUGAACCCUUUGAUUCCAGAUUCAAAUUCCACUCCCUUGGAAUUUUCGGAACAAGAGCACAUCGCGAAUGUGGAUGAUCUUAUUCGACCGUCACCAAAUUUCUUCGACGAUGUUGUAAUUCAUCCGUCUAGUUCAGCUCCAACUGCCUGUUCUUACGAGUACAGAGCAUCAGAAAACUUGUCCUUCCAUCGUAGUUUAGUUGAUAAGCCCGUCACUGUGUCCAAUGAUUCCAUGGCAAUUUCUUCCAUGCCUCCAACGAAAUCCAGGCAUUACGAUGAAGAGGAUUACAAAAGUCAUCGACAUCUCAUCUAUCCUCGUGUGCACCAACCUCUUAAAGCCAUGGAACCUCGCACCCUGCGUCGCGUUCGUGAACGCUUGCUAGCCCUGCGGGCAGCCUUGAGGCCGACUGAUGAUGAUAUAAAGCCUAAUAACUCAGGCGCAUCACAAAUUCAGCACGACUUGGUUCGCUCCUGCGAUUUCUCCGUUCCACCUAUUCCCCGUUCGCCUAGUACAGCACCAAUCGUUGAUCCAGAGAGGCGAUUAGUCAAUCAGGAAGCGUCUGUUAUUCGUUGCAACGUGGAGGCCAGCUCUGAAAAUCAUCUUGAUCCAUCAAGCCCAUCUCUUGCCGAAAAGGCUUGCGCAGUUGGCCAGGCAUUGAAAAGUCGGCAGUGCAAAGCCAAUCCUUGGUCCGCACCACAACCAAGUUGUAGUGAUGUGGUUCCCCAUCGGGACACUGAAAACUUGUCCGUUAGCAGUGCUAUAUUCUUCGUCGGUGGAAUUUCGGGACAAAAAUAUCCGACUCCGGGUUCGAUUUAUUCUACCUUUGAAUUGACCGGUGCAGUAGAGUCUCAUACUGAAGAGCAUGUGAAUCCUUUGAAGAAACAUAGCUUGAGGUAUCGAAGAAGACGAAGAUCUCGAAGCAAACAAUUGCCGUCGGCAUUUCAACCCAGUCUGACCAAACUUAGCGAAGAAGGAUCUCCGUUGAGUUCAUCCACAACAAGCUCAUCUCUCUCCCUCCACCUCAUUGAACCCGAGACUCCAAAACUCCGUUCCGGCACCGUUCAGACUCCUGAAGAAUCAAUCUUUUCAGAUGAGGACAUUGAUGUUUGCGGGAUCAAUGUUUCAAAUGUGAUUUCUACGCAAAAUUCAAGUUCCUCAUCAGAAUCGGCUCGUUCUCCCAAGGGUUUGUGUCGCCCACCGAAUCAAGGCGACAAUGACAGUCCAGAACAAAUGAUAGCCGACCCGGUCUCCGACAGCUCAUUAAGUGAGGAGAAUUCCUAUCACGAUUUAAUGCAAUCAAACGAGGGAUCGGAGCAGUUCUGCUCGAAACUUGAAGGAUAA